AAAAAUUUACGUUAAAAACAAAAAAGAACAAGAUGCAGUGAGAAAAGCAGACCAAUUUCAGGUGGAACCAAACAGAACGUCUACAAUGAAAAAUAGAGGGAUUAUAACUUAAAACCCAGUGGACAUAUUAAAAAGCCAGCGUCUCUGGCAGGUCAGUCCUCCUGCGAAGAACAGCUGGGAAAGUGGGAUAAAAUAGGAACCGUGAGGCGAGGGCGGGGGUAGGCAGCAAGUGUGCGGACGCAGCAUGGAGACCCGAGGAGCGGGCUGGGGCCGAGGCCUGUCCUCGGGGACUUCGGCAGGUCCCAGAUCAGUCAGAAAGGUGCAGAGCCCCUGGGAUGGCUUCAGGAGGGCGGCAGCCUGGGCGGGGUCCUCCUGGGGCCUCUGUGCAGAUGGUGGGCGCGUGGGGAAGGGCUGCUGGAACCUUUGGUCUUCAGCCCCUUGGGGAGGGGAGACGGGAGCUGGCGGGGCCCCGUCCUUGCAGCGCAGUGGACAGGCACAUGGAGGUGGAACGAAGGCUGGAAUUCCAUGUUUGCGUUUCCACACUUAGCAGCUGGGUGGUUAGAACUUUUUAAGGACGUUAAAAUGUCCACAAUCAAUAAUGCAGGUUCUUUUCCUUAACAUUUCAGCCCGCACUCUCUAGGGAGUGGCGAGUCGUGGUUUGUGCACUCUCCGCCCUGCAGACCUCCGGCUGGGAGUUGGCCUGGCCUGUGCUGCCCGCAGGCCUGAGGAGACCGGCAUGUCAGCUUCGGCACAACCCCUGGCACCGGCAGAGCCGGCCCCCGGCCCCGCGGACAAGCCCAGGGGGAAGCCACUCCUUGCCUGGGGCUCUCUCUUGGGCCACCGAAGCGAGAAAAUUGUUUUUACCACGAGCGAGGGAGCCCCCGAGGAGAACGUGCUUUCCAUAACCAUCACCGAGACGACCGUCAUCGAGUCCGAGCUGGGCGUGUGGAGCUCCCGGGCUCUGCUCUACCUCACGCUGUGGUUCUUCUUCAGCUUCUGUACCCUCUUCCUCAACAAGUACAUCCUGUCCUUGCUGGAAGGGGAGCCCAGCAUGCUAGGUGCCGUGCAGAUGCUGUCAACCACGUUCAUCGGCUGCGUUAAAAUAUUUGUUCCUUGCUGUUUGUAUCAGCACAAAACCCGGCUUUCUUAUCCACCCAAUUUCAUCAUGAUCAUGCUGUUUGUGGGUCUCAUGAGGUUCGCGACAGUGGUUUUGGGUCUCGUCAGCCUGAAAAAUGUGGCAGUUUCGUUUGCGGAGACGGUGAAGAGCUCUGCUCCCAUUUUCACUGUGAUCAUGUCCCGAAUGAUCCUGGGAGAGUACACGGGCUUGCUGGUCAACCUCUCCCUCAUCCCCAUCAUGGGGGGCCUGGCGCUGUGCACGGCCACGGAGAUAAGCUUCAACGUCCUGGGGUUUUCAGCCGCGUUGUCCACCAACAUCAUGGAUUGUUUGCAAAAUGUUUUUUCUAAAAAGCUCCUCAGUGGGGACAAAUACAGGUUCUCGGCCGCAGAGCUUCAGUUCUACACCAGCGCCGCAGCUGUGGCCAUGCUGGUCCCCGCCUGGGUCUUCUUCAUGGACUUGCCGGUGAUUGGCCGGAGCGGGAGGAGCUUCAGUUACAGCCGGGACGUGGUGCUGCUGCUGCUGACGGAUGGCGUGCUGUUCCACCUGCAGAGCGUCACGGCCUACGCCCUCAUGGGCAAGAUCUCCCCUGUGACGUUCAGCGUGGCCAGCACUGUGAAGCACGCCUCGACCACGUGGCUCAGUGUCAUCGUGUUCGGCAACAGCGUCACCGGCCUGUCGGCGACCGGCACUGCGCUAGUGACGGCCGGCGUCCUGCUCUACAGCAAAGCCAAGCAGCGCCAGCAGGAGGCCAUGCACAGCCUGGCUCAUGCCAGAGCGAAGGAAAAGGAGCGAGAGCACGAGCGCCGGAAACGGCACCGAGAGGAGCAGGACAAGGCCCGUCGGGAGUGGGAGAGGCAGAAGAGGAGGGACAUGGCCCGGGAGCACUCCAGAAGGGAGAGGGACCGCCUUGAGCAGCUGGAGAGGAAGCGGGAGCGAGAGCGGAAGAUGCGCGAGCAGCAGAAGGAGCAGCGGGAGCAGAAGGAGCGGGAGCGGCGGGCAGAGGAGCGGCGCAAGGAGCGCGAGGCCCGCAGGGAAGUGUCUGCACAUCACCGAACGAUGAGAGAAGACUAUGGCGACAAAGUGAAAGGCAGCCACUGGAGUCGCAGCCCGCUGCGGCCACCCCGAGAGAGGUUCGAGCUGACAGACGGCCGGAAGCCAGUGAAAGAAGAGAAAACGGAGGAGCGAGACCUGCUGUCCGACCUGCAGGACGUCAGCGACAGCGAAAGGAAAACCAGCUCUGCCGAGUCCUCAUCAGCGGAGUCAGGGUCAGGUUCGGAGGAGGAGGAGGAGGAGGAGGAGGAAGAGGAGGAGGAGGAGGAGGAGGAGGGGAGCAGCAGUGAAGAGUCGGAGGAAGAGGAGGAAGAGGAGGAGGAGACGGGCAGCAACUCCGAGGAUGCGUCAGGACAGUCGGCCGAGGAAGUGAGUGAGGACGAGAUGAGUGAGGACGGAGAGCGGGAGAGCGAGAACCACGUCCUGGUCGUUCCAGAGUCGCGAUUUGACCGAGACUCCGGAGAAAGCGAGGAAGGGGAGGAAGACGCCGGCGAGGGCACUCCGCAGAGUAGCGCCCUGACUGAGGGCGACUUUGUGCCCGACUCUCCCGCCUUGUCGCCCAUUGAACUCAAACAGGAGCUGCCCAAGUACCUCCCUGCCCUGCAGGGUUGUCGCAGCGUGGAGGAGUUCCAGUGCCUGAACAGGAUCGAGGAAGGCACUUACGGGGUGGUGUACAGAGCAAAGGACAAGAAAACAGAUGAAAUUGUGGCUUUGAAGCGGCUGAAGAUGGAGAAGGAGAAAGAGGGCUUUCCGAUCACAUCUCUGAGGGAGAUCAACACCAUCCUUAAGGCGCAGCACCCCAACAUCGUCACAGUCCGGGAAAUCGUUGUGGGCAGCAACAUGGACAAGAUCUACAUCGUGAUGAACUACGUGGAGCACGACCUCAAGAGUCUGAUGGAGACCAUGAAGCAGCCUUUCUUGCCAGGGGAGGUGAAGACCCUGAUGAUCCAGCUGCUGCGCGGCGUAAAGCACCUGCACGACAACUGGAUCCUGCACCGGGACCUCAAGACCUCCAACCUGCUGCUCAGCCACGCGGGCAUCCUCAAGGUCGGGGACUUCGGGCUGGCCAGGGAAUACGGGUCCCCUCUGAAGGCCUACACCCCAGUCGUGGUGACCCUGUGGUACCGUGCCCCGGAGCUGCUGCUUGGUGCCAAGGAGUACUCCACGGCCGUGGACAUGUGGUCGGUGGGCUGCAUCUUUGGGGAGCUGCUGACCCAGAAGCCGCUUUUCCCUGGGAAGUCGGAAAUCGAUCAGAUCAACAAAGUGUUUAAGGACCUGGGUACCCCGAGUGAGAAGAUCUGGCCUGGCUACAAUGACCUCCCUGCGGUCAAGAAGAUGACCUUCACCGAGUACCCCUACAACAACCUCCGCAAACGCUUUGGGGCGCUGCUGUCAGACCAGGGCUUUGACCUCAUGAACAAGUUCCUAACCUACUUCCCUGGGCGGAGAGUCAGCGCAGAGGACGGCCUCAAGCAUGAGUAUUUCCGAGAGACCCCCCUCCCCAUCGACCCCUCGAUGUUCCCCACGUGGCCCGCCAAGAGUGAGCAGCAAAGGGUCAAGCGUGGCACAAGCCCACGGCCCCCAGAGGGAGGCCUGGGGUACAGCCAGCUGGGCGACGACGACCUGAAGGAGACGGGCUUCCACCUCACGACCACCAGCCAGGGGGCCUCGGCCGCGGGCCCUGGCUUCAGCCUCAAGUUCUGAGGUUUGGCACGAGCCCACACCCGCCCUGUGGGGGCCGCCCAGCAGGACUUGGCCGGGACCAGGGCGGGUGCCGGAGGCAGCACCUGGGUCCAGACCCAGGCCCUGCUCCGCCUGGGCGCGGCUGCCGCGGGCUGGCGUGGCCGCGGAUCUCCACCUCGAGCCUCAGACUGCCCGUCUCGUUUGCUUUUCCACGUUUUAUUUCAUCUUGGCUUGUAAAUUUGUAGAAUUAAACCACAUUUUCCUUGUUGUGAAA